AUGAAGGCUUCACUCGCUGCUGCUUCGGUCGCCUUGGGCGCCUCCCUGGCCAUUGCCACUCCUACCCUCGAGGCUAGAGCCUCUGGCACUUCUUCCGGCAGUCUCCCUACCGUCACUGUCAAGGGCAAUGCCUUCUUCGCCGGCAACGACCGCUUCUACAUUCGUGGUGUCGACUACCAGCCCGGUGGUUCGUCUGACCCUAAGGACCCUCUGGCUGACGAGGCUGGCUGCCAGCGUGACAUCAAGUACUUCAAGCAGCUCGGCAUCAACACUGUCCGUGUCUACACAGUUGACAACAGCGCCAACCACGAUACUUGCAUGAACGCUCUUGCCGACGCUGGAAUCUACGUUGCUCUCGAUGUCAACACCCCUCUGUACUCGAUCAACCGCGCCGAUCCCGCCAAGUCGUACAACGCCGUCUACUUGCAGAGUCUGUUCGCUACUGUUGAUGCCUUUGCCAACUACACCAACACUCUUCUUUUCUUCUCGGGUAACGAGGUCAUCAACGAUGGUAACACUACCGACUGUGCACCUUACAUCAAGGCCGUCACUCGUGACCUCAAGCAGUACCGCAACAACAGAGGCUACCGUGCCAUCCCUGUUGGCUACUCCGCUGCCGAUGUCAGCGAGAACCGCUACGAGACUGCCCAGUACAUGAACUGCGGAACCGACGACCAGCGCAGCGACUUCUUCGCAUUCAACGACUACUCGUGGUGCGACCCCUCGUCCUUCACCAUCUCUGGCUGGGACCAGAAGGUUCAGACCUACGGCAACUACAGUCUGCCCCUCUUCNNCCUUUCCGAGUACGGCUGCAACAAGAACACUCGCAAGUUCGAGGAAGUUUCGGCUCUCUACAACCAGGAGAUGACUGGUGUCUACAGCGGUGGUCUCGUCUACGAGUACUCCCAGGAGGACUCCAACUACGGCCUCGUCACCAUCGAUGGUUCCUCUGUCACCCCUAACCAGGAUUUCACCUACCUUCAGAAUGCAUUCGCCAACAACACUGCUCCUACUGGUGAUGGCGGUUUCCACUCUGACGGCACUCCUUCUCAAUGNCCCCCCAACAGCGACACCUGGAACACCGGUGACUUCCAGGGUGUAGAUCUUCCUGCUUAUCCCGAGGAUGCCAAGAAGUACAUGACCUCUGGUGCUGGCACUGGCCCCGGUCUUACUGGUCCCGGUUCCCAGCAAGCUGGUAGUGACAACAUUGCUACUGCCUCUGCUGGAAGUGGUUCUGCUACCCGUACUGCCUCCGGUUCUUCGGCUACCGGCUCUGGUAGCAAUGCCACACACACUGGUGCUGCCUCGCGCGUCAACAUGGGCGAGGUUUCCUUCGCUCCUCUGAUCAUGACUGGCCUUGUUGCCCUGUCUACUCUGUUGGGCGCCACUCUUCUUUAA